CGGGCGCACUUGGGGUUGUUGCUAAAGUGAGUUAGAGUGUGACAAGAGGCAAGCGAGCAAAAACCGCUAGAUAGAUUCUGGGAAUUACACAGGAGCCCAUGGAGACCAGCUCAUUUUCUUAAUCCGAGUGUGUGUAGUUGCGUAUUUUUACCUCCUCCUGUUUUACUCCAAGUUGCGCUUGAGAUAAGGUUUACGCAGACCUCCGGGAUCCGGGAAAACUCUGAAGGAAAAAGAGCAGCGCGAAAAGUGAGAGAAGUUUGACAAUAUACUUUUUCUCCUUCUUCACUUAAUCAAAGAGGUGAAAAAGUGGCUGCUCAAUCGUCAAUCUCAUCGACCCUUGGAUUAAUUUUUUAAAAGGCGAAUAACGGUAAUUCGGACAUUCCCAAGCAUCCUCUAAAGUGAUGUAAAUCUCAUAUUUCAGUCAAUAAUAGGACCAGCAACUCUUUAAGACGGAAGACUGCGGCUGUUUCAAUGUGUUGAGUACAUUUGAAUGGACUAACACACUCCUGGGUUGAUCUGGACCACAGGGAGUUGUGCGCCCUGGCUGCCAUGACAUAACGGGACACUUGGAAAACUCCACGGCGCUGAAUAUUUCUGGAAUGAGCGGCUGAUGUGUGUUCACUGCUGAGCGGAGCUUCUCUAAGUUUUCCAUUCAUUCGACACUUGAAACAUAUUUUUUCUCCUUGCGCCCCCCUCCUCUGAGAGCUUCAUGGUGGAGAUAUGGGAUGACUGGAGGCGGGGGUGCAGCUGAGGUGAGAUCCAGCCGAAGGACAAUGUUUGCGCCCGGCGUUGGCAUCCCUCUGCUGCCGGGGCGUGUGGUACUGAUGCUGCUGCUGCUGCUUGCCGCCUCCGGGCCGAGGGUCUCCCAGGCCUGUCCCGGGCUGCUCGCGUCCACCAGCGGCUGCAGCUGCACGGACGAGCGCUCCAAAGCGCACGGCGCCCAGGCUUUGGGCAGAAGGGUCAGCUGCACCAAGGAGGAGCUGACUGAGCCUCCGGAUCCGAGCCUGAUGCCCAACAGGACAGUUACUCUGAUAAUGAGCCACAACAAAAUCCGAGUUCUGAAGAACGGAUCCUUCUUUGGACUCUACGCUCUGGAAAAGCUGGACCUCAAGCACAACUUAAUCAGCACCAUCACGCCUGGAGCCUUCCAGGGCCUGUCCGAGCUUCGGAAACUCGACCUAUCCAACAACCGCAUUGGCUGCCUGACUGCCGACAUGUUCCAGGGACUGACCAACCUCACCAAACUGAACCUCUCUGGCAACAUCAUAUCCACCAUGGACCCAGGAGUGUUUCAGGAACUGCCGUCCCUCAAGCUAGUAAACUUCAACUCAGACCACCUGUCGUGUGACUGCGGGUUGCGUUGGGUCCCGGGCUUCUUUCGCAGCAGUUCUGCCAGGUUGGGGGACGAAACGCUGUGCGCCUACCCCAGGAGCCUAAAGGGAAAGCCCCUGCGUGGACUGAGGGAGAGUCAGCUGAGCUGUGACGGUCCGCUGGAGCUGCACACCCUGUCGCUGCUGCCGUCCCAGCGUCAGGUGGUCUUCAAAGGGGAUCGGCUGCCCUUCCACUGCACAGCCGCCUUGGUGGACAAGAUCACCACUCUGCACUGGCGUCAAAACGGUCAGCUGGUGACCUCUAACCCAGAAAUGGGUGUCCAGCUGGAGGACAGUGUGCUGCACGACUGCACCUUCAUCACCAGUGAGCUGAUUCUAUUCAACGUACAUGUGGAGGCCAGUGGAGAGUGGGAGUGUGUGGUUUCCACUGGGCGCGGUAAUACGUCUCUCAGUGUUGAAAUAGUGGUGCUGGAGAACAGUGCCUCCUUCUGUCCAGAGGAUAAAGUUGUCAACAACCGUGGGGAGUUCAGGUGGCCAAGAACCCUGGCAGGCAUCACCUCCCAACAAUACUGCCUACAGCUGCGUUACCCUUCCCUGUCUGUGGAGGGGGGUAUUGAGCAGAAAAAGGCCUCUCGGUACUGUGAUCGUUCUGGAAAGUGGCAGGACGGGGACUACUCCAACUGUCAUUACACCAACGGGAUCACCCGUGUCCUGCAUACCUUCAUUUUGAAGCCAAUCAAUGCGUCCAACGCCGUCACUGUUGCACAUCAGGUGCGCACGUACACCCUGGAGGCUGCAGGCUUCACUGACUCAGUAGAUGUGUUGUACGUGGCACAAAUGAUGGAGAAGUUCAUGGAAUUUGUCCGACCUCUGCGGGAGUUGUCAGAGGUGCUGGUUGAGAUGGGCAGUAACCUGAUGCAGGUGGACGACCAGAUCCUCGCUCUCGCUCAGAGAGAGAAGAGAGCCUGCAGCUCCAUCGUCUACUCUCUGGAGACACUGGCCUGGCCUCAGCUACACAGUCAUGCUCAGGACUUCUCCAUGGUGUCCAGGAACAUUGUGAUGGAGGCCCACCUAAUCCGACCGGCCCACUUCACUGGUAUAACCUGCACUGCGUACCAGCGCCGUGAGGUCUCAGUGGGCAGCCUGGGAUUAGACAUGGCAGAGUCCAGCCAUGAACAGCAGCUUCGGUUCCGCUGCAGCACUGGCUCCCAUAACACCUCCCUCAACAAUUUUCUACUAAAGAAUUCAGUGGCCCUGGCGUCUGUGACUCUUCCAGCGACUCUGUUUCCUCCUGAUACUACUGCCGACUGUAAACUGCAGUUUGUAGCCUUCAGAACCGGCAGCUUCUUUCCUCUGUCUGGAAACUCGAGUAACACUGGGGAUCACAACCGCAGACGAAGUGUCAACACUCCCGUCGUCUUUGUAGGCCUAGAGGGCUGCAGCGUGUGGAACCACUCAGAGCCUAUCUGGGUGUCACUGCGCCACUUGUCCCCUGGUUCUGAUGCUGUGGCAGCCCAGUGGAGCCUGAAGGGACAGGAGAGGCAGGGAGCCUGGAGCCAGGAGGGCUGUCAGCUGGUCCACAGUGACAGCAGCACCUCCACCAUGCGCUGCUCUCUGCUCAGCAACUAUGCUGUGCUGCAGGAGGUGCCAGACAUCCCCAGAUCCACACCCACGUCUGUAGCCGUGCUCCACCCUGUGGUGUACGCCUGCACUGCAGUGCUGCUCCUCUGCCUCUUCACCAUCAUCAUCACACACAUACUACAUCACAGCACUAUUCACAUAUCGAGAAAGAGCUGGCACACAUUACUGAACACCUGCUUCCACAUCGCCAUGACAACAGCCAUCUACGCAGGAGGCAUAAGCUUGACCAGCUACCCAGUGGUCUGUCAAGCAGUGGGCAUUGCACUGCAUUACUCGUCGCUGUCGACCCUGCUGUGGAUCGGAGUCAGCGCCAGGGUCAUCUACAAAGAGACGGUGUGGAGAUUGCCGCGGCAACUGGAGGGAGAGUCUCCUGUUCCACCUACUCAGCGACCAAUGCUCAGGUUCUAUUUGAUAGCUGGGGGAGUUCCUCUUAUCAUUUGUGGGAUCACUGCAGCUGUCAAUGUCAACAACUAUGGAGACAACAGCCCUUACUGCUGGCUGGUGUGGCGCCCCAGUCUAGGGUCUUUCUUUGUCCCUGCUGGCCUGGUGGUGUUGGUGACCUGGAUCUAUUUCCUGUUCACUGUGUUUCGCCUGAGGCACCGUGUGGCCAAAGAAUGCACAGGAACCACCCUGUCCUCUCCUGUGACCGAGAGCCAGCCCGCGCUGGCUGGAAGCACCAGCCUGCUCUCCACAGACUCAGUGGUGGGACCCAUAAACACUGCUGUGGCUCCAGAGGACCAGUACUCACUGAAGACACAGUUCUUAGUGCUGGUGGCCACUCACUUUCUGUUUGUGGCUCUGUGGUGUUGUGGGGCCAUGGCUAUGUGGCUGACAGAGCACACUAGUUUGUUGUUCAGCUGUCUCUAUGGGAUGGCUGCCACCAUCUUGGGGCUGUUUCUGGUGGUGCACCACUGCUUCAGACGAAUGGAUGUGCAGGCCUCGUGGCUGGCAUGUUGCCCAGGCUACCGCCGUUCUCAUCCUAUGUCGACUUACACACACACCUGCACUACCGGGAGUGGAGUGCAGACUUCUGAGCAGGGAUCCCAACUUUUCAUCAACUGCCAUCCACCCGCUGACUCUCAUAACUCCUCAUCAGCUAGGUCGUCAUCCACGCCAAGUGGGAUCAGCAGCGUGGGCCCCGGGCCCUGCAAGCUCACCAACUUGUUACAGGUGGCACAAGAGAGUCCAAACAAUCAAUCAGUUACACGCACCCCUGCAAGCAACAACACUAGCACAAGUACCGACAACACCACCAAGCCAACAAACAAUACUCUGCCCUCCAAUAACUCUGCAGCCCCAGUGCAUCCCCAGAGAAGGAAAGUAAGUAGCAGAACUAAACAAGGGAGCAGUCAGUAUCACCAUCGGAGUGAGGGGAGAGGUCACUAUCGUCUCAAAGCUCUAAGGACCGCUGCAGGUGGGGGCAGCCUUGGCGCUUUGGGGCCCACAGGUUUAGAGCACCUCAGCUCCUCUCAUGGGGUUAACAAACAGGCCACGAGUGAGAACGGCAGCAUUCACCACAGCCUCUCAGAGAACCAGGCCAGCCCACUGACAAAUGGGAAGCGGGUGGGGGAGACACUGGCCACAAGCCCCUCAGAGGGAAGCGACGGCGGCAGCAGUGGGAGCCGCAAGCCCUUCCCCCUCCUGCCUUCCAUGGCCAGCAGAGUGGCCAUGCAAGGUGCUCAGAGACGAUGCGCCAGCAGAGACAAUUUGAAACUGGCAGCUGCUGCAGAGCGGGAGACGAAGCGCUGUUCGUACCCCUUGAACAGUGCCACGACCACUGUGCCAGGGGCCGCUGCCCCAAAUGGCACCCUAAAAAACUCUGGAGUGCUGGAGCUGGAGCAGGAUAUGAGUGGCACUGACCAGUCGCAGAGCUCUGUUGGAAUGAAGAGCAGCUUGUGGAAAAGUGAAACCACAGUGUAACCUAUACUUACAUGUGAACUUCUAUGCAUGACCUUAAAGAACUCUUAAAUGAUCAGGUUAUGUUUUAAUGGUCUCUUGAUUAUAAUAAUUAUAUAAUUUAAGAUAUAAAAUCAUGAAGGCAUCCAGGACCCUAAACUGGUACUUUUGCCGCUGUAGCAUUGUAAGAAUUUUCUGUGAAAUGGGAAAAAAAUAAUGAGACUGUGUUUUUUAUUGUCGUUUUCCAACAUAAGAUACUCAUAUUUUAUCCAUUUCACACAAAAAGAUUUACACAAUAUCUCUGAAAUUGGCAUAUGAUGUUGAUUUUGGACAUCUAAUGAAAGCUUUACAUUUUUAGUUGUGAUUUUUCUAUGCAUAUCAACUAUAGCAUGAAAUGGACAGCAAGAUGUUCUGUUUCCAAAGUACAGCUAUAUGCAUUUAAUCUGUGGACAGUCCUUCACCCUUAUGUUUGCUUCAAGUAACAGCGUGUCCUCAUGUAUGCACUUGUAUGUUCAUUGCGUGUGUGUGUGUGUGUGUGUGUGUGUGUGUGUGUGUGUGUGUGUGUGUGUGUGUGUGCAUACAUACAGUGGAAUAACUGUAUGAAUGUGUCUGUACAGAAUCUUUGUGUGAAUUAAAAAAAGCUAUGUGAGACUUUUGAAUAUGUGAUGAAAAUGUUUCAUUUUUAUUUUCUAUGUACUCCCAUCAGCACUGACAGAGCUCCCCUCCCUAUCUAAUAAAUUCAGACAGAUUAAAAA